AUGCCAAAUUUAAACAAAAGAUCUAGUACAAUCGACCUGGUAUUCUCCAACAUCCCAACAGCCACCGCAACCGUAGAAGAGUACCUCACCACCGGCUCGCUGCAUUACACAAUCGGUACAGAGAUCCCAGACAAUGAGAGCAGCCCCAGGACCCCAGGAAAAGUCCAUGUCAGUCUACCGGAGGAAAUCAAGGCGUUUAGCAAACACGUGGCCAGCGCGGCCCUGUCACUACCAUCGUUCAUCCGCUCCAGACAAGAUAUUGAUGAUGCUGCUGGACAACUUCUACAAAUCCUGCAAGACGCUGCAAAAGCUUGCGGCCGACUGAGUAAAGGAAAGAGAGCCCGACAGAAUCCUUGGUGGAGUAAAGAGUGUAACGAAGCGCAUGAGAGUCUCCGCGCUGCUCGAUAUACUACCGAAAGCCGACAUGGAGAGGAAGUCCAACGCGCUAGGAUCCACCUUAAGCGCACCGUCCGCCGCGCGAAACGAAACUUCUGGCGCACCAUUGUUGCAGAUAUCACAGACCAAGCUGAUAUAUUCCGGGUUACUCGCUGGAUAAAGCCAAGGCAACAGCUACAACCUCCACCAAUCCAACAUGAAAACAAAGUCUAUACAACGAACUUAGAGCGCGCCAACAUCCUACGCAAGGAGAAGCUCGAAAGACGGGACGUGUCAGAUGAUAUCCCAGAUCCAUGGAUCCCCACAGCUUCACCAACCCAACAAAUUCCCUUUUCGGCACACAUCCCAAUCAGCGAAGCCCAGGAUGCACUACUCAGAACUGGGAACACCACACCUGGAAUGGACGGUAUUACAACGAAAAUGCUCCAAGCAAUCUGGCCAAGCAUUUCACAUGUCACCACACUCCUCUACAACGCUUGCCUCACCCUAGGAUAUCACCCAACUCCCUUCAAAACAGCAGAGGUAGCGAUGAUCCCAAAACUCAAUAAGAGAGAUCUCAGUGACAUCUCUGCGUGGCGCCCCAUCUCCCUCCUUUCCUGCCUGUCCAAAGGCCUGGAACGAGUAAUUGGCCGCCGCCUUGCAUACCUAGCCAUCAGAUACAAGGUCCUCCACCCUAACCAGGCUGGAGCACUCCCCAAAAGAAGCGCUACAGACAUCGUCACCGCACUCCUCUACGAUGUUGAACGUGCCUUAGGUAACGGCAAGAUGGCCACACUUGUCACAAUGGAUGUCAAAGGGGCCUUCGAUGCUAUCCUCCCCAAUAGGCUGAUCCUACGACUCCGACAACAAGGAUGGCCGGUUUUCCUGAUUUGGUGGAUCUACCACUUCGUCUCCCACCGUAAAGCUCUAGUCAGAUUCCAGGAUGCUAAAACAGAACCCGCAGAACUGCCCUGCGGCCUUCCUCAGGGCUCGCCUAUAUCGCCGAUUCUCUAUCUACUAGCCACCACCCCCAUUUACUCUCUUCCAGGAGCAACAGAAAGAUACGGCUACGCGGACGAUACAGCGAUGCUCUUUGUAGGGGACACUCUGGAGGAGACCACUGCAAAAGCAAACACGGCGAUCACUGCAAUGGAAACAUGGGGGCAGCAAGAGGCUUUCUCCUUCGACCCAGACAAGACGGAGGUCAUGCACUUCUCUAGGAAAAGGAACAGUAGCUCGCCACCGGUCUCCCACCAAGGCAAGGAGAUUAAGGCCCAGAAGGCAAUGCGUUGGCUAGGAGUCUGGCUCGACCGCAGGCUCACUUUCAACACGCACAUCGAGAAAUGGUCACUCAAGGCCGAAAAGGUUAUUUCACAGUUGCGGUUCGUUAACAACACAGUCCGCGGGACAUCAGCAGUAGCAGCUAGGAGAGCGAUUUAUGCCGUAGCCUUACCUACAUUCUUCUAUGGGCUAGACACAUGGUUCCCCGGCUUCCUUUCCGAGUCAACACAUAAGGGUGCAAGGACGAUUACCAAAACCCAUCUCUCAAAGCUUCAAGUAAUCCUAAACAAGGCCUGCCACGCAGUCCUACCCGUUUGGAAGACCACCCCACAAGUCAUCCUCUGGAAGGAGGCGGGUAUACCGCCAGCAGACAUCAUACUCAAGCAACAACAAGCGCGCACUGCGCUCCGUUAUGCCACACUAGAUGUUGCGCACCCGGUAUCCAGAAGGCUAAGACAAGCGCAGCAUGAACUUGACCAGAGCAACCACCCAACAACACGCAGCCAGACCCUGCAGAGGCAUAGCCGACUCCUCCGAACAGCGGCAUGGGCGAAGGAGGUCGAACGACCAAGGCUUAUAGCACGCCGCUUCAAUGAUAACAUCCCGACCGAAGCUGGGGGCGAAAGACCACCUAAAGAAACCGCCGCUGUAGAAUUCCAGCGCUGGCUUGAGGACAAACCCCCAGGCUAUAUCGUCUUCAGUGAUGGCUCCAAGACAGAAAGAGAUACCGCAGGGUAUGGAUACGCAGUAUUCCACAACGGACGCCUCGCUGAUUGGGGCUUUGGCCAGCUUGGCCGCAGAGAAGUCUUUGACGCAGAAAUCCACGGCGCUCUCGAAGGCCUCCAACGCGCUGUACUCGCCAACUUCACCAACGAACCAAUCACGGUCUGUAUGGACAACACCUCUGUCAUCGACUGCAUCGGAGCAACAGCACCAAACUCCUCACAGGCCCAGUUCAGGGCCUUUCAGGAGAUAGGAGACAAAUAUCCGUACCAGGUAUCUGUUAAAUGGUGCCCAGGGCAUAGCAACAUCUUCGGAAAUGAGCUGGCAGACCUUCUAGCCAAACAAGGAGCCAAUCUCCCAGUCCCAGAGCACCUUCCCUCAGUCUCCUACCGCAGGAGGCAGGUCAAGGGUCAGAUAGCCGUAGACUACCAGCAAUGGUGGCAAGGAGUAGAGAGAGCAGGUUACUCGUCGCUCGGCCUGACCGCCGAGCUACGGAAGCUCCCUGAACUCGCCCUCCCACGCCGUCUUUUGGGAUAUCUACUCGCUGCCCGAUCACACCACGGCGACUUUGCGGACUACCACGAAAGAUUUCACCCAGGUCAGGCGACCCUGGAGUGCGCCUGUGGGCGCCAAAAGUCGCCUACCCAUCUCUUCUACUGCAGGAAAGUCCCUCACCAUCUCCGGGCUCGGCUCGCACCCGACCCUGAAGCGGCGAUAGGACGGUUCCUCGGUAGAUCCUACAAGGUUUACCUGCGCAUUGCGGACUUCUAUUACACGAAGAUCAACAAGCGCUACUAA